AUGAAGCGGGUGAGCAGCUGGCGCGUGGGUCUGCCCCGAGCAACAGCCUUGGGCGCUGGGCGCCACACAACGGCCGCACCGCUCCGCAUGACUACACUUCCUCCUCGCCCCCAGUUCCGGUGCGGCACUGCGUCUCGAUUUUUUGCAUCUCGCAUCGAAUCUUCUGCACCGGAGGCGAGGGCUUCUGCAGACUCUGCUCCGUCUACCCCGCCAGUUGAGCGCCUGGGGCUUCUGAGUGGAUCUGCGCUGCACGAGAGGGCAACAUUUGGUGGGCGCGACGUGGCUCUCCUUGCGGACACCUACGGUGCCAUUGGUGUGUUCGACGCCGUUGGCGGCUGGCACGGUGCCGGCGGCAGCGAGUUUGCGCGAUUGCUCGAACGACACGUCCAACGUUCCCUUGCAUCAAUCGAUUUGGUGAAGCAGGAGAUAAUGACGUCCACAACCAAGUCUGAG